UUGGUAUUCUUAUUAUGAUUUCAGGAGGUAAACAGAAAGAAGACGACAUUUUCUUAUUCUAAUUCUUCUUCUUUAUCUUCUUCUUCUAUAGAAACGAGCUGAAAAGUUAUACAGUCUUUGACAAAAGCUGUAAGCAGAAGCUGAGAGGUUAGGCGGGGUUUGGCAAAAAUGAAUAGCAACGAUUACAAUAGGGGAGAUGACGAAAGUAAGAAUAUUAGAAAACAUCAUACACACGAUGUAGCUGAUCAUCAGUGUAGUUCUGUUCUCACCAAGCACAUCAGAGCUCCCGUUCCUCUCGUAUGGUCUUUGGUGAGGAGGUUUGAUCAACCGCAGAAAUAUAAGCCGUUUAUCCAUGGGUGCGUCGCAGAGGGAAACCUUCAGAUCGGAAAUCUCCGAGAAGUCAAUGUUAAGACCGGUCUUCCAGCCACCACAAGUACCGAAAGACUAGAACUUCUCGAUGAUGAAGAGCAUGUUCUCGGAGUCAGGAUCAUCGGCGGGGAUCAUAGACUCAGGAACUACAGUUCGGUCAAUUCCCUUCAUCCGGAGAUUUUCGAGGGAAGGCCAGGGACGUUGGUUCUUGAGUCUUUCGUAGUGGAUGUGCCCGAAGGGAAUACCAAGGACGAUACAUGCUACUUCGUUGAAGCUUUAAUCAAGGUCAAUCUGAAAUCGCUUGCUGAAGUCUCUGAGGAUCUUGCAGUGCAGGGUAGGACAUGCCGUUGAGGAACGCAAUGCUUGCCGAGGAUGACACUUUUAAGGCUUUCGCAUCUCGGUCGGAGGCUUUCAAGACGGACUGGCAUUAGUACUUGUUUAAUCAUCCAUAUGCACACAUUUUCCUUUUGUUAUGUUGUGUCUUUAUUUGUUAAUACGUUCAGUGUCUUUAAGUAGGUCAAGAACCACAGCUCUGUAUUUUUGAGUGUUUUGUUGGUUUUCUUAUCUCUGUGUACAAAGCGUACUGGAAAGAGUUAGUUCCUGUAAAUUUUGGUUUCAUGCCCUAGUUCCUAGCACAGUAGCAGCUAUAGGAUAGCUGUCCUGUGUUUGUAGCCAAAUAACUAGCUCGAGUUCAAUUCAAAUUAAUAGUAUCCAAUUUGAUUUGAAUUUGUUCAA